CCAACAGAGUCGAGGACGUGAAGGUGCACACUAGGUCUCCAUCUCAGCCUCUUAGUCGAAUGAAACCGCCUGCCUCCAGCCAGGGCUCCAUCUCCCCCCUCAAAUCCUCCAAAGUCCCAGCGUCGUCCUCCUCCUCUUCCUCCUCCUCCUCAGUCUCUGCCUCUGCCAAGCGAAUCGGCCGCUCUUCAUCUUCAUCCACCAACCUGAAGAGUCCCUUCAGUCGGAGUAUGUUCAGUACUAAAGCCGCCAUUUUCCACUAA